UCACAGGCCCGCAGCCUAUUUACAGCUUUUAUACGGGUUUCGGGGUCUCUGUAACGCACACAAAUGUUAAAAGCCCUCCACUUCUAACGAGUUACUCUUGGUCGAAUUGAUUUUUAAUGUCCUCCCGUUUCCUUAAAUCGAGGCUAAACGGAGUAGAAAGGGAUGAUUGUGAAGUUCGCUGCAGGGGCCUACAGACCAUUCCACGUAUUGUGCAUUUUAACAACCUCCUCGUUUUGAUCGUCAAAUAAUUACAUGAGUUGUUACGUAAGUAGCCUACUUCUCAUGCAUGUUUUUCCGCCAUGCUCGUUGCUAAAAGUGAGUAUCCGUGGACCUGCUUGUUCUAUUGUCAAAGGUGCGAGUAUUUUACAAUAUGCCUAGCUGACUGGCUGACAUUGAUCUCACAUACAUUUAUGACUUUGAAGACCAUAAACAAGAUUGUUACAGCGGUCUUGAAGGGCCGUGGACGCCCCUCUCGUUUUUGUUAACCGAGUAGUUAAAGAAUAUCAAGGACGAGAGCAACAAGGAACCAAAUCACUGGCUGGCCUAUACAAUUUUUUGCCUUCUCUUCAUUUUUUUUGUUCUGUGAUGUUAACAGCAAACGAACAACCCCAUCGACUGCGAGCUAAUACUAUUAAGAGCACUCUUCUCGCUAAUGGAGCACCUUCAGUGCGCGUGGAAGACCCUGAGCAACGGCUUUGGAAUGAAGGACUCUGUGUUCGAGGGCCCCUGCCAUUCCCCUACCAUGGUCCAAGGCUUCCCCUACCAGCGCCGCUCCUCAGACGACGGCAAGAUGCCUGACUCAAAGGCCAGCAGCACAAUCCGCGUGUACCUCCCCAACCAGCAGCGCACCGUGGUAAACGUGCGACCAGGUCUAACCCUGCACAGCUGCCUCAUCAAGGCUCUGAAGGUGCGCGGGUUGCAGCCGGAGUGCUGUGCCGUCUUCAGACUGCACCCGGGCCAGAGGAAUAAAAAAUUCCGGAUGGAUUGGAAUACCGACUCCACAUCGCUGAUCGGGGAAGAGCUGCUGGUGGAAGUUUUGGAUCACGUUCCUCUCACCACACACAAUUUUGUUAGAAAAACAUUUCUCAAGUUGGCCUUCUGUGACAUUUGCCAGAAGUUUCUUUUGAAUGGUUUCCGUUGCCAAACGUGUGGCUACAAAUUCCAUGAGCAUUGUAGCACCAAAGUCCCUACAAUGUGUGUGGACUGGAGCAAUAUCAGACAACUCCUGUUGUUCCCAACACCAGGAGAAAGUGGUGGUCCGUCCUUACCCCCACUGACGUCUCGGCGAAUGAGAGAGUCCUUGUCUCGUUUUCCCAAUAGCGCUAUGCAUCGCUACUCUACGCCCCAUGCCUUCAACUACACCACGCCGUACCCGCCCACAGUGGGCUCUCUGUCCCAGAGGCAGCGCUCCACCUCCACCCCCAACGUCCACAUGGUCAGCACCACCCUUCCCGUCGACAGCAGCAUGAUUGAGCUAGACUGCCUGAUUGCCUCCCCCAGCUCCUGGUGCCAUAGAUUCUGGCUGAAGAGGAGAGUAGGUAUUGUGAAAUUCUCCCACUCUUUUGUUGAGGCGGCAUCUGAGAGCCCAGACAAGGAUGCCAUGCGGGAUCAUGAUUCUGCCGAGAGCUCUCCCAGUCAGAGCCCCACUGGUUGGGCUCCGGCCCAGCAUAGAACCCUGACCCCGGCCCAGCGGGAGCGGGCCACGUCCUUCAACACUCAGGAGAAGAAUAUCAUCAGGCCGAGGGACAAGCGGGACUCGAGCUACUACUGGGAGAUCGAGGCCUCCGAGGUCUUCCUGCAGUCCCGUAUCGGCUCCGGCUCCUUUGGGACGGUAUACAAAGGGAAAUGGCACGGUGACGUCGCCGUGAAGAUCCUGAAGGUGACGGAUCCAACACCGGAGCAGUUUCAGGCCUUCAGAAAUGAGGUGGCCGUCCUUAGGAAGACGCGUCAUGUCAACAUCCUGUUGUUCAUGGGCUACAUGACGAAGGACAACCUGGCCAUCGUCACGCAGUGGUGCGAGGGCAGCAGCCUGUACAAGCACCUGCACGUCCAGGAGACCAACUACAAGAUGUUCCAGCUCAUAGACAUCGCCCGGCAGACUGCACAGGGCAUGGACUAUCUGCAUGCAAAGAACAUCAUUCACCGCGACAUGAAGUCCAACAACAUCUUCCUGCAUGAAGGUCUGACGGUGAAGAUCGGGGACUUCGGCCUGGCCACGGUGAAGGCCCGGUGGAGCGGGUCCCACCAGGUGGAGCAGCCAUCGGGGUCCAUACUGUGGAUGGCCCCCGAGGUGAUCCGGAUGCAGGACAACAACCCGUACAGCUUCCAGUCAGACGUGUACUCCUACGGUGUGGUUCUGUACGAGCUCAUGACGGGAGAACUGCCGUACGCUCUGAUAGACCGAGACCAGAUCAUCUUCAUGGUCGGUCGAGGCUACCUGUCCCCUGACCUCAGUAAGCUCUACAAGAGCUGUCCCAAAGCCAUGAAGAGACUGGUGGCCGACGCCAUCAAGAAGCUUAAGGAGGAACGCCCUCUGUUCCCUCAGAUCCUGUCCUCGAUCGAGCUGCUGCAGCAUGCUCUGCCUAAGAUCAACCGCAGUACCUCAGAGCCCUCUCUGCACCGGGCGUCCCACGCCGAGGACAUCGACGUCUGCACCCUCACCUCCACCCGCCUGCCGGUCUUCCAGACGCGCCUGUCACCGCUGCAUAUGCCCCCUUCGUCUUUCUCAUACAUGUCCAACGAGUUGUAGCAUAUAGAAACAAACCUGAAGCGGUCCCAAAACGUCCCAACUCUUCCACAUAAUGCUGCAAAGAAACCAACAGGAUACAAGUUACAUGAACAAGUGUGUGUGUGUGUGUGUGUGUGUGUGUGUGUGUGUGUGUGUGUGUGUGUGUGUGUGUGUGUGUGUGUGUGUGUGUGUGUGUGUGUGUGUGUGUGUGUGUGUGUGUGUGUGUGUGUGUGUGUGUGUGUGUGGCUUAUAAAUGUGGUAGAAUUGAAGUCAUCACUAUGUGUCCAGAGGCCUGCUUACUUGCUUACCCGCGGUGGGGGACAGUAGAAGGAAAAGUGUAAAUGUGUAAAAAGAAUGUGUGCGCAGAACCUACCUAGAGAAAGAAACUAUUUUGACAUUGAAGGAAAAGAGAGGAACGGGUGUUUUCUCUCUGACUCUGGGCUGUUUGUGGUUUUAGGUGGGGGGGGGGGGGCUGUGCUUGCGUCUGCUGGCCCAGUUUUCCGAUGAAGAGGACGUUUUUGAAUGCCUACUUGCCUUUAAAGCCUGAACCUCAACCGCGCACAGUGUCGCCUCACGUGGGGCUCACAAAAAUAAGCGGUUGGAUGUAUUUUUAAUUUUUUUUUGCACAAUUGGGAUUUGGUGUAUUUUUUUCUGUUUUUUAUUCAGUGUCUUAAUCAAUCUGAUAUAGAUUUGGGAAAUUAUAUUUGCGCUAAAUGCCCUUUUUAAAUGCCCUUACCUGUAUUUUUUUUUUUCAUAUUUUGGUUUGAAAUGGGGAUUGUGGAAGAAUAUACGCCAAUUGAAAGCAAGCGUACAUAACUUGAGGAAAACUUUGAUUUGCACAUUUUAGCUAAAGCGAUGUCUGAGCAUAGUUUUGCCUGUGGCUCUGUUAUAGAUGCCGUACGCUUUUUUUAAGCAACCUCAUUUUGAGUAUCAUCAUGAGCUGGAGAUUUUGGCUGUUGUCUUAAAUAUUUAAAAAACUAAAUAUUUGAGAGGAUAAUCAACUUUUUCAUUUUUCUUUUCAUGUCUGGUAGGAGAUUAAACUUUUUAUUUUAAACUUGUCAAAGUUUAUUCAAUGCUGUUUUAAUAAAAUUAAGUUAAAUUUCUUCGCUAAA